GCCACCUUCUACCCAGGACUGACUGAGUGUCAAGGCUGGGCUGAGACCCAGAGCCCCAUCGUGCUGCUGCUGGGCCCCAGUCAGCCCAGCUUCUUCCUGGUGCCCAGUGCCAACUCUGUCCCAUACCCACUGUGUCACCUGCCCACUGCCCUUCUUCCUGGCAUCACCCUCUGAGCCCAGGCUCCAUGCUCACCUACCCCAGCCAGGUGGGCCAGCUCACCCCCUUCCCCACAGGCAAGAGACCCCUCGCCCCGCCGCAGGGGCGCUGUGCAGUUGUGAGGGGCAGCUGGCCUGUGACCUGUGCCUCUCUGCAGGGCUCUGAUACUCUGGUGCAGACCCAGCGCAGCCACCUGCAGAGCCGCAGGGCCCACAUCCACCAGCAGAUCAACAAGGAGCUGCGGAUGCGGACAGGUGCUGAGAACCUCUACAGAGCCACCAGCAACACCCAAGUCAGAGAGACCGUGGCCCUGGAGCUGAGCUAUGUCAACUCCAGCCUGCAGCUGCUGAAGGAGGAACUGGAGGAGCUCAACUGUGACGUGGACACGGACAGGCCCUGGAGUGAAGGUAUCACUGUCCCCAUGAUCCCCCUGGGGCUGAAGGAGACCAAGGAGGUGGACUGGUCCACAGCCCUGAAGGAGCUGAUCUCUGGGCACUUUGGAGAGGAUGGCACCUCCUAUGAGGCGGAAAUCAGGGAGCUGGCAGACCUUCGGCAGGCUGUGCGGACCCCCAGCCGGAGUGAGUCAGGCCUGGAGCUGCUCAUGGUCUACUACAACCAGCUCUGCCUCCUGGAUGCACGCUUUGUCACCCCUGCCCGGAGCCUGGGACUGCUUUUCCACUGGUAUGACUCGCUCACAGGGGUCCCCGCCCAGCAGCGGGCCCUGGCGUUUGAAAAGGGCAGUGUGCUCUUCAACAUCGGAGCCCUUCACACCCAGAUCGGGGCUCGCCAGGACCGCUCCUGCCCUGAGGGCACCACCUGUGCAGUGGAGGCUUUUCAGAGGGCUGCUGGCGCCUUCAGCCUCCUGAGAGAGAAGUUUUCCCAUGCACCGAGCCCUGACAUGAGCCCUGCCUCGCUCUCCAUGCUGGAGCAGCUCAUGACCGCCCAGGCCCAGGAGUGUGUCUUCGAGGGUCUCUCGCUACCAGCCCCCAUGGCCUCUCAUGACUGCUUGGCUCAGCUGCGCCUGGCUCAGGAGGCCGCCCAGGUGGCAGCCGAGUACCAGCUGGUGCACCGGGCCAUGGUCCAGCCACCAGUCCGAGACUACAUCCCCUUUACCUGGACCACCCUGGUGAACGUCAAGGCAGAGUACUUCCGCUCCUUGGCCCACUACCACGCAGCCACGGCCCUCUGUGAUGACCCCUCAGCCAAGGCAGAGCUCCUGGCACUGGAGCAGGUCUUCCUCAGGUCCCCAGCUCCAUCUGAGUCCUGGUACCCCACACUGCCGCAGGUGCCUGAGGAGCGCAGGAAGCUUGGCAAGGCCCACCUGAAGCGUGCCAUCCUGGGGCAGGAGGAGGCGCUGCGGCUGCACGCUGUGUGCCGUGCCCUGCGCAGGGUAGACCUGCUGCAGGCUGUGCUUGUCCAGGCACUGCGGCGCUCGCUGGCCAAGUACUCAGAGCUGGACCUUGAGGACGACUUCUUCGAGGCUGCUGAGGCCCCUGAGAUCCAGCCUAAGACGUACCAAAGAGCGGAGGUCAGGGCACCCAGCUUCUCCCGGGUGAAGGUGGCUGAUAUCUUCCACCGACUGGGGCCCCUGUCCGUGUUCUCAGCCAAGAACCACUGGCGGCUGAUGGGUCCCGUCCAGGUGACCCGAGGGGAGGGUGGCUUUGGCUUCACGCUGCGGGGAGACUCGCCCGUCCUCAUCGCUGCAGUUAUUCCUGGGGGCCACGCUGCGGCAGCUGGCCUACAGGAGGGCGACUAUAUCGUGUCUGUGAAUGGGCAGCCAUGCCAGUGGUGGAAGCAUGCGGAGGUGGUGGCCCAGCUGAAGGGUGUGGGUAAUGAGGGCGUGAGCCUGCAGGUGGCGACCCUACUGCCCAGUGCUGAGCUGCCCAGCAUGCUGCAGGGGGACCACAGGCCAGCCCUGCGGGGGCUUCUGAGGAGUCAGAAGGACUGUGGCUGGGAGACGCCAGGGCCUGCCAGAGCCAGCCCCAGGCCCCUCCUUGGCUGGAGCUGCAAGGCCAAGAGGGGCAAGACUGGAGGGAAGCUGUCCCCAAUCCCCAAGCCCUGAGCUGCCACCCUGGGUGUCCAGGGAGGCAGUGAAGGGUGGGCUCUCCACACAGAUGGGCCCCAACAUAGUCUUCAGCUGGCUGGGAGCGGGGACCCCCUUGUGUCCUCCCCCGACCCUGGAGGACCUUCAGGCCAGAUUGCUGCCCAGCCUAGUGCCCAAGCUGCCCAUUAAAGACAGUGUCAGAUAAGGUGUGUCUGAGCCCAGUGUAGGGGCUGGCACUGCACCCACACGGAAAGUGUCACUGUCACUCUGAACACAUAGUCCAAGGGCCAGGAGGCUGCGUCUGAACUGCCCUGGCCCAGGAUGAGUAGGGAGUGUCUAGCUGCUUGUAUCUGAGCCUGAAGGAGCCAUUCCCCACGAGCUGGUGCAGGGUGGGACGGUGUGUCAGCAGUGCACCCCUGCAGCCCAGCUCCUCACCCUCCCUGCAGUGGGUUCCCAACAUCCCUCAGCUGGCCUGUCUCCCUCCUCCUGG